AUGUUUCGCGGGAGAUUUAGUGCAAUUGCAAGACUUUGUUUCAGAAAUCUCACCUCCAGAAACCUUUCAACCAUGGUCAACAAAACCUAUCUUGCGGAUCAUAAGGCGCCGCUCAUUAUGUUGAGCGCCAAGGACUUUUUUGCGCAGCUUACUGAUCAAGAAAAAUUGUACGCUCACUACAUGUCAAAGGCAUCGCAUGCUGGAUCUAGGGUUAUUCUUAGACAAGUUUCGCACGAGAGUGAGAGCAUCUUCGACCUGAUUUUGCAAGUUCAUAAUGGAUUGAAUGGUAAAUACCCAGCCGGAGAGAAUUCCGAGCUGUACAUGGAGUAUGUGGCUCAAUUCCUCUCGAACCUAGGCAACUACAAGUCGUUCGGGGAUUUGAAAUUUGUCCCACGAUGCUCUGCGGAGUUUUUUCUCGACUUGUUGGAACUAGCCAAAAUAGAUAAGAUGGCAAAACCAGUCACUGCAUCUUGUCCCUAUGGUACUUGGGAAGAGGUUGUGCAGAAGGGUGUUUUCUACGUGGAUGACAAGAGUGCCCUUCUUGGGUUUCCUUCUGAAGGUCACCAUUCUUCCUACUACUUUGGUAACGUUUCCCCUGCAGACAUGAGACUUAUCAAGGAUGAAGUAUUCGCGAAGUUGAAGAUUUUGCCUGAGAACACCAGAGUGCGUAAAUCUGACAAUACGUUUGAGAUCCUCGUGGCAUCUGAAGCAGCCUCAAACUCACUAUCUCAGUAUCCUGAUGGACCCUUGACUUUGAGCGACGGAUCUAAGGCUAUUUUCAAGUUUGGUGACCACUCUCGUGAAAUGGCCAAGAUCGCGCAUUACCUCGAGAAAGCUCGUGGCCAUGCGGCCAAUGAGACUCAGGAAAAUAUGCUGGGUCAGUACAUUGAGCAUUUUAAGACUGGCUCCUCUAAUGCUCACAAAGAAUCGCAAAAACUGUGGGUUAAGGACUUGUCUCCUGUCAUUGAAACCAACAUUGGUUUCAUAGAGACCUAUAGAGAACCUUCGGGGAUCAUUGGCGAAUUCGAAUCGCUUGUUGCCAUCAAAAACAAGAAGCGGACAGAGAAAUUUUCUACAAUGGUCAGAAACGCGGGCAAGUUCAUCUCGUUGUUGCCUUGGGAUAGCGCAUACGAAAAGCCAAAGUUCCAACCUCCAGAUUUUACGUCAUUGGAAGUGCUUACUUUUGCAGGCAGCGGUAUACCCGCUGGGAUUAAUAUUCCAAACUACGAUGAUGUGAGACUAAAUGUUGGGUUCAAAAACGUCUCACUCGGAAACAUCCUAAGCUCGUCAUUGGGUUCCAAGAUGCCAAUCACCUUUGUCAGUGAUGAUGACCGUAAGGUUUUGGACAAAUACCAAAGUGAUUCAUUCGAAGUGCAAGUUGGAAUCCAUGAGUUAUUGGGACACGGUUCCGGAAAACUGCUAAGUGAGCUAGACGAUGGAACUUUCAAUUUUGACAAGCAGAAUCCGCCCUUGGGUGUCGACGGAAAGCCUGUCACUACAUUUUACAAAAAGGGAGAGACUUGGGGAUCAAAAUUCGGACAAUUGGCGGGUGCAUUCGAGGAAUGUCGCGCAGAGGUUAUCGCGAUGUAUCUCAUUACCAAUCGCGAGCUGUUGGAAAUUUUCGGUUUCAAGACGAAAGAAGAUCAAGACAAUAUCAUUUAUGCUGGGUUUUUGCAGAUGGCUCGUGCUGGUUUGCUUGCGUUGGAAUUCUGGGAUCCUUCCACGGCGAAAUGGGGUCAACCCCACAUGCAGGCCAGAUUUUCCAUCAUGAAAACCUUUUUGAAGCAUACCAGUGACAACGAGUUCUUCCAGCUACUACACACCAAAGACGAUUUUUCAGAUUUGCGUCUCAGCCUGAAUCGCUCGAUGAUCGAAACUGUGGGACAUGCCGCGCUCAGGGACUAUCUGACGCAUCUUCAUGUAUACAAAUCCUCUGGUGACGUUGACGCCGGAAGCAGAUACUUCAUCGACAGAAGCACUGUCGAUCCUGACCUGGCACAGUACAGACAAAUCGUUCUUGACAAAAAAUUGCCAAGAAGACAAUUUAUUCAAGCGAACACAGUCUUGGAAGGUGAAGAAGUUACUCUUAAAGAGUACGAGAAUACAUCUCAAGGCAUUCUCAGCUCCUUCCUUGAGAGAGAAGUGUAA